CAAACACCGAGCUGACUUAUUUCUCACAAACUCACUUUCACUGUUGUUCUGCGGCGUCAUAUCACACAGACAUCAAGUUUGCACCCCCGCGCAAACCUGAAAACCCACCGAUCUCCUGCGCAUGAGACGGUGCAGGUGACAGCUGUCUCGUACUGUGCCGCUGUCCACUGUAGCCCCAGCACUCAACCUCGCCCCUGAUCUUCCGCACUCCAAACCACCAUGUACAGAGGUACCUGUACACAAACACACCACUCGUGAUGGCUUCAAUACUUGUUGCCCUCGUAGGUCCCUUGGUCCUUACAGGACUGGCGCUACUGGUCACAUACCUAGUACUAGGCCCCUCCAAAUAUGGCGGUCCCUCCUCAGGCAAAGGAGUGGUUGUCCACGUUCUCGUUCUCGGCGAUAUUGGCCGAAGCCCACGCAUGACAUACCACGCCUUGAGCAUAGCCAAACACGGCGGAAAGGUGAACCUCAUCGGUUAUCUAGAAACCCCCCCUCACCCCUCCCUCCUCUCCUCCCCCUCCAUAACCAUCCACCCCCUCCCCCCUCCCCCCGUCCGCCCCCCAUCUGUCCCCUUCCUCCUCUUCGCCCCCUUCAAAGUCCUCCACCAGCUCUUUUGUCUUUUCACCCUCCUCGCCUACACCCUGCCCCCCUCUCAAUGGCUGCUCGUUCAAAACCCGCCCUCGAUCCCCACCCUCUUCAUCGCCGCCCUCGUCUGCCGUCUCCGCGGCGGCAGCACCAAGCUCCUCAUCGACUGGCACAACUACGGCUGGACCAUUUUAUCUUCCACCCGCGGCCCGCGCCACCCGUUGGUAUACAUCGCCAAGCUGUACGAGUGCCUCUUCGGCCGUCUGGGUGACCACAACCUAACCGUCACCCACGCCAUGGCGCGCCAGCUUCGCAAGCCGCCGUAUAACAUCCGGGGGCCGAUGACGGCCGUGCAUGACCGGCCUGCGGACAUUUUCAAGCCGAUGUGGUGGGGCAAGGCGCGGCAGGAGGUGUUGGAGCGGGUGCUCCCCGCCGAGCAGAGGGAACUGGUACCCAGCAUCAUGGAGGGCAACACGAAGCUGAUCGUCAGCAGCACGUCCUGGACGCCCGACGAGAACUUCGGUAUCUUGCUCGAUGCGCUGGUGGCAUACGCGGCAGAUCCCGUAUCGGAGGAGACGCCCGUGUUGGCGGUUAUUACGGGGAAAGGUCCACAGAAGGAGAUGUACUUGCGGCAGAUUGAGGAGCUUACGGGGAGUGGACAGUUGCCGAAUGUGAGGAUCGUUACGGCUUUCUUGCCGUUUGAGGACUACGCGAAGCUGUUGGCUUGUGCGGAUCUGGGCGUGUGUUUGCAUAUGAGCAGCUCGGGCGUGGAUCUGCCGAUGAAGGUGGUGGAUAUGUUUGGGGCAGGGCUGCCGGUGGCUGCGUAUUGUGGGUAUGAGAGCUUUGGGGAGUUGGUGAAGGAGGGUGUGAAUGGGAGGGGGUUUGAGCGUUAUGGGGAGUUGGCGAUCAUCUUGACAACGCUGUUGAGUCCGGAGGGGAGCGGGGAGUUGGAGGUGUUGAGGAAGGGGGCUGUUAGUGAGGGGAGGAGGAGAUGGGAUGAGGAGUGGGAUGAGAAGGUUGCGAAGAUUAUGGGAUUUGCGGCGUAGUUCUUCAUGUUGUUGUUGAGAUUGGCCUAAAUCAACCUGUAGUUGGUAUUGCUUGCGUGUAUGUAUAUCUUAAUACACCUAAUACUUUCCUUUCA